AUGCGCUCUGCUUCCCGCCUGUCGUUCUUCGUCGCUGCGGCCACCCUCGUCUCCGCCGGUCCCGUCCAGCCGCCCGCGCUCCAGCGCCGCGCGGUAGGGCCGACUGGACCCAACGUGACGAUCGUGCAGAUGUUCCAGUGGUCUUGGGACUCUAUCGCCUCUGAGUGCACCGACUUCCUCGGCCCCGCUGGGUACGGCUACGUGCAGACCAGCCCGCCGCAGGAGACUAUCACCGGUGGGCAGUGGUGGGUCGACUACCAGCCCGUCUCGUACACCAUCCAGAACAACCACGGCGACCGCACCUCGUUCAAGAACAUGGUCGAUACGUGCCACGCCGCGGGCGUCAAGGUCCUCGCUGACGCCGUCUUCAAUCACAUGUCGGGCAGCGACUCUGGCACGGGUACCGCGGGCACAUCGUACACGCACUACGUCUACAACGGGUUCUACGAGUCGCAGGACUUCCACUAUUGCGGGCUCGAGCCGGACAACAAUAUCGUGAACUAUGAUAACGCGGUUGAGGUGCAAACGUGCCAGCUUGAUGGCCUCGCUGACAUCGAUACGGGCGCUGAGUACCCUCGUAGCCGUCUUGCUGAGUACGGCAACGACCUGAUCAGCCUCGGUGUUGAUGGUUUCCGUCUUGACGCAGCAAAGCAUAUGUCUGUCGAUGACCUCUCCAACAUCGCCUCGCGCUUGAACGGCACGCCCUACCUUACGCAGGAGGUUAUCUACGGCGCUGGCGAGCCCAUCACUCCGGACAUGUAUGUCGGCAUCGGCAACGUCCAAGAGUUCCGGUACACAUCAGAACUCCAGAGCGCGUUCGGCGGCUCCGGCAUCUCAGCGCUCGAAGACCUCAGCUCCUUCGGCUGGAUCAGCGGCACAGACGCGAACGUCUUCGUCGCCAACCACGACACGGAGCGGAACGGCAACUCGCUCAACAGCAACUCGCCCAACAACGAAUACGUGCUGGCGACCAUCUUCUCGCUCGCGUAUCCCUACGGCACUCCCACUGUCCUUUCUAGCUACACGUACUCUACCACUGACGACGGUGCUCCGAAUGGCGGCACGGGUACUUGCUCUGGCACGGGCGGCGAAAACGGCUGGCUUUGCCAGCACCGUUGGACCGCUUUCACCGGCUUGGUUCAGUGGCGCAACGCCGUUGGCUCCGCCGCGCUGAACAACUGGGUCGCGCCGAGCUCGAACCAAAUCGCCUUUGGCCGCGGCGAGGUCGGAUUCGUCGCCAUCAACAACUCGGACGGCGAGUGGAGCACCUCGUUCACGACUUCGCUGCCCGACGGCUCGUACUGCGAUGUCGUCCACGAGUCCAACGCUAGCGGGUCUUGCACCGGCACGACCUACACCGUUUCCGGCGGCUCGUUCAGCGCGACGAUUGCCGCUCGCGACGCUCUCGCUUUGUACGCUGCCUAA